AUGCGCGAGUACAAGGUGGUGGUCUUGGGGAGCGGCGGGGUCGGCAAGUCGGCUCUCACUGUCCAGUUCGUGACGGGCACCUUCAUCGAGAAGUACGACCCGACCAUCGAAGACUUCUACCGCAAGGAGAUCGAGGUGGACUCGUCCCCCUCCGUGCUGGAGAUCCUGGACACGGCCGGCACCGAGCAGUUCGCUUCUAUGCGGGAUCUGUACAUCAAGAACGGCCAGGGCUUCAUCCUGGUCUACAGCCUGGUCAACCAGCAGAGCUUCCAGGAUAUCAAACCCAUGAGGGACCAGAUCAUCCGCGUCAAAAGGCGAGACACACCGGGGGACAGAGGAGGGGGGGAUCCGGGGUGCGGGGGGUGCUGGGCCAGGGCGUUGUCAGCUAGAGGAGGAGGGGGGAAGGAUGGAUGGAUGGCUGAUUGCUGCCUGGGAGUGGGAACAUUCCAUGUACACGGCCUUCCCCACAUCAUCCCACAUUCUCCUCUCGUCUACUCACUGCCAUUGUAUGCUCACCACUUUGAAGUCCUGACACUUGAAAGGCUUUGUUUGGAGUCAGGGAUCUCCUUGAAAGCUGUUGAUCCUAGAUUGGGUCUGUUAGUCACAUUCCACUUUCUGAUGGCCUUUGUAGCUGUACACAUGGCUCCCAAUUCCUGUCCGCCAUGCUUCACACCGCUGCGACUUCAAGUACCAUUUACAAAUUGCAUCCAAUGUAAUUCUAUGGCACUGUCCUAA